AUGAGCUGUAACGAAACGAUGAAGCAGUAUGGGAGGAUUUUACUCUCACAACUGAUAAAAUUAAUUCAAGUUGAAAAUGAAGAAAAUGCGCUGCUGGCGAUCAAAAUUAUUGGUGAGCAUCAACGUGCCUUCAAAAUUCCUUACUCGCAAGAGUCACUUCAAAAUUGCUUCACAUCAUCGGUCGUCUAUCUUCCGGAAAGUAGUUCCGGUGAUGGUGCACAGCGUGACGCUUACUCGCUGAUACCACGUGGAUCGCAGAGUGUAAAGGUUUUAUCCGAAGUGCCAAUGUUUCUUAUCAUUCUGUUCCAGAUUCAUCGAAAUAACUUGCAAAGUGAGAAUUUUAACAUAGCUCUUUUUAUCUGUUGA